AUGGAUAAUCCAAAUCCACCACUCUACACUGAACACCACAGCGAACCACCACCAAACUACAUCACAAACUCGUCCAGCGCAUCCUCUCAUCCCCCAUUCCCAUCUACCCUAAAUGUCUACGGCGCAUGGUCACAAUGGAAAUCCAUCAACCUCUGCGGCGCAACUUCUAACGACCGACUGUGUCUUCUCGAGAUGCACACUGGGUACACUUCCAAGGGACCACUCGGGGCUCGGCCAGCCAUGCUUUUACACAGUGGAAUGAGUACCAAAGAUCCGAUUAUCGUUGCUGUUGGUGAAGAGUCACAUGGUGUCAAUGCGUUUAAUUUAAAUAGCGUUAUCAAGUUGCCUGCGCUUGAGGGUGAUGGGAAAGAUGGUCGUAUGGAUACGGAGAUUAUGCGUGCUGGGACUUCUGCAGCCCAUGAUGUGACAUUCUACUUUAGCAUUGAGGUUGGGGAGAAGAGGAUACGCGAGGAGUUUGAGUGGAGGAAGUUUAAAAAGGGAUUCACGCUUGUUCGUCCGCACAGGGGUGGAUCGAGCAGCAGUACAGAUGAUGGCGAGACUGUUGCUUUGGUCACAUGGAGGACAUCACUGACUAGUUUAACACACGCAUUCUCGCUCGAGCUGAUGGGUAGUGGAGAGUCAGGGAUACUGGGAGAACGAUGGACUCUGAUGGUCAUCAUUACUUCGCUAAGGUUAUACGCACUGCACAUCAAAGGCAGAACACGCAAGACUAUUGUUGGCAUGGGCGAAAGAACUUCCAGCAAGUAA